CAUAGUUUUGAAUAAAAUUGCCUGAAUGUUUUAAACUUGUUAUAUAAUGCAUUGUAAAGCCAGUUGCCAUCGAGGAAUACAGGCUAACGCAUUGCUUUCAAACUGCUGCUGAAUAAAAUAGUUAAUAUAAGAUGCUAGCUCUUUUAUUGUUUUGUUUCACGUUAAGUAUUAUUUAAGGGUUUACUUGGACACACACUGACUAGGACCAGAAUUCUGGGAGCUUCGUAAAAAACAAAUUCAUUUAAACUAUUUGUUAAACAUGUAUAUCCGAUCAAUUAUUUCAUUGGAGAUAAUCAUACAGAUAUAUCUUGUAGUUUUGUACACAAAACUUGCGCUAUUCUGUGGUUUAACUGAAGGACAGGACUUUGAAUUUAAACAAGCUGGCUAUGACAAAAUUGAUAUCCCGAGUCCGAAAGUUUGGAUACGCGAUGUAAGUUUUGAAGUCUGCAGGGAUGAAUGUAAGGUCCGUCCAUCUUGCACGGCCGUGAAUUACCACACAUUUGUCUUUCUGUGCGAACUGGACCUAGAGCCUAGUCCUGAAGUUGUUCCGACCACAGACAGAGGUCUACUCUACUGGAUUAAAACGACCCUAGAGGACCAGAUACAGUGUGGCACAGAAUCAUGUGGACGUGGCUUUGUAUGCGAUAAACAGAAGAACAAAUGUGAAGUGAAAGAAUGUGGAACGUUAUCGAUUCCAAAUAGCACCGUCAUCCUCGGCAACGUCAACGCAGUCGGAGCCAAGUUACAGAUGCGGUGUAAGGACGAGUUUCUUGCACUAGGACCGGCAUUCAUCACUCUAACGUGUGGAACGAACGGCAAUUGGAGUACAGACCGAUUGGUUUGCAUUAAAGAUCCUGAAUGCAAGGGGCAGUUCGAAGUUUGCACCCAGAUUGGUAACUAUGAUGGCUGUAACAGCAACGAUGAACUUGGCGAGUGUUUCUGCAAACACGCAGUCAAUGAAACUGACAAAAACAAAUGUUGCGAAGAGUGCAGCAAUGAGAAAGAAGAGAAAUGUUGUACGGACAGUGACAUGGAUUGUGGGACGGCGAACAUAGGCGAAUGCUUUUGCGAGUUUGGGAGAAAUUCUUCUGGAAAAUGCUAUCCUGAAUGCAAGGGGCAGUUCGAAGUUUGCACCCAGAUUGGUGACUAUGAUGGCUGUAACAGCAACGAUGAACUUGGCGAGUGUUUCUGCAAACACGUCAAUGAAACUGACAAAAACAAAUGUUGCGAAGAGUGCAGCGAUGACGACAAAGAGAAAUGUUGUACGGACAGUGACAUGGAUUGUGGGAUGGCGAACAUAGGCGAAUGCUUUUGCAAGUUUGGGGAAGAUCCUUCUGGGACAUGCUUCUCGGGACAUGUGAUUAUAUGCGAGGACAAUAGCAGUUCCGUCGAAUGUCCUCUUGGCAAAAAUAUAUCUGUGUACGACGCCUACUACGGACGGACACACGACAAUACUGUCUGUUUCCAUCCAGCCACUACCGACCAGAACUGUCGCGCAGAUAACUCAACCGAAAUGAUCAAGACUGAUUGCAACGACAAACAGGAAUGCAAGUUGGAGGCAAAAUUUGUCCAUUUUGGUGAUCCAUGCCCAGGAACCUACAAAUACAUUGAAGUGAAAUUCUUCUGUGUUGGGGCAUAAAACAGCCGGUUUAUGACUAUGUACAAGUGAAAACAGUAACUGCGCACACAAAUAACUGUCUGAAAAUGGUAGAGACCAUUCGGAACUCCUCGGUCGUUUAUAUCGAAAACAACCUCGGAUGUAAAUGGACGGUUAACAAUGUUAGAAAUCGGUACACUUUAACUCCGCUGCAAGUAGAUUGCGUAUAAUCUAAUUUAGCAGUUAAACUUUAUGACUUAACUGUUGGGAAAUUAUGUUUGCAAUAAUACACUUCACUGGCAAUCAAUUUAAACACAGUUACUUGUUUCUACAAAUACAAGCUAAAACACAAUAUUUAUUUAACUAUAAAUCAAAAUUUUACGAACUACUUCUACUGAUGUACCGACAAACAUCCGAGGUUGUUUUCGAUACAAAUGGCCGAGGAGUUCCGAAUUGGUUAAAACAAAUCAAGAUAUAUUUGAUAUUUUUAUCAUUUAAAGUAUAGGUAAACACGGAUAAGUUUGUCUGCUUUGUGACUUUAUCCCGCUGCUAUAUAUAACCAAAAACAUCCAAAUCAAAUGUGAUAAAAUUUUAAUCUUCAUCGAAUUAUGCAUGAUAUGUGUUUGUUCAAGAGGAUGAGUUGUGAUAUUUACAUUAUUUUCUAUGGCUGGAAAUAAAAUCUUAUGCUGUUUGGUGUGAA